AUGCUGACGGAACCAGAAGCCUCGGGCCCGAAGCUAUACGUUCCCGUUGAGAGCUCGCGGGAAACACCUGCCGUUCAGCCACCACCCGUGGCGGCCCCUCAAGAUGCGCCCAAUGUGCCGCCAUCAAUCCCGGAAGAGGUGGCCCUGACCAAUGCCUCUAUGUCUCCAGUACACAGUGCACCGCCAUCUCCUCCGUUAUCACAGUCAUCUAGCGCCAGACAACGGUCACAACGAUCUUCUGUCCGAAGCUUCAACGGUGUUGGCGCAGACGACGACAUGCGGGUUGAUGACACAAAGUACAAGGUCUACAUCUAUAAUAUUGACGACGAGUUGGCCGACGAUGAGCGCUCGGCGUCGGAUACGGAUACGGCAGCCGGUGAGGACGAUGUAGACGGUGACGGCAAACUCGUGCUCCUCCCCGAUAUUGACAAGCAUCUUCGCUUGGCAGCACGGACGGCCGCGUUGUCCGGCAGCUCCACCAAGGGCAAGCUGGCCAUCCCACGUCCCAUUCUGCCCAACAAAGAUGGCGAAUUAGCCGGUAUGCAGCUUGUUUUGUAUAACGAUCCAAGCUCGCUGUCUGUGCCGCGGGAGAGCGACAGCGUACGCAAAGCCAUCCUAGACGCACGCGCACGAAUUCGCGAGCGGCAGCAGGAGGACAAGGCGGAGCAGGAGCUGGCACUGCAACCCGAGACGGACGCCUCCAUGGCGAGCACACCUGCAGACACGCCGCGGCCGUUCGAAGCUGACGGCGACUCGGACGCCAUGGACAUUGACUAG